AAGCUUUUAUCACCUUAUACAACAAAUAUGAUGACUAAUUUUCAAAAAAUAAAAAAUGAAAGUAUUUAGACUAAGGUAUAUAUAUAUUGUACUCUCUAUUUAUUCUGUUUCAACAAAAAUCUAGCUACCACUUUCAACCAGUCUUACCUCAUCAAACACAUCCCAUAAACAUGGAAGCUUUGAUAUUCUCUGUUGAAGUCAUAGGGACCAUUAUUUCAGUGCUAAUGUUUCUUUCUCCAGCAAGAACAUUUUGGAGAAUUGUAAAACAUGGUUCCACAGAAGAGUUUGAGAGUCUUCCAUACAUUUGUACAAUGUUAAGUUCAUUGCUUUGGACUUAUUACGGUUUGACCAAGUCAGGAGAAGCUGUUGUGGCCAUUGUCAAUGGUUUUGGGACCCUUGUGGAGACCAUCUAUAUUUCCUUGUUCCUUAUUUAUGCUCACCCAAACAUCAGGGCAAAGACAGGCAUUUUGGUGGGAAUAUUCGACGUGGGUUUUUUUGGAGUAGUGAUUUUAGUAACUCAGUUAGCUAUGGAAGAAGAUGCACGUAUUAAUGCAAUGGGAUUUUUGGGUGCUGGCCUCAAUAUCAUUAUGUAUGGAUCACCUCUUGCUGCCAUGAAAACUGUUGUGACGAGCAAGAGCGUGGAGUACAUGCCAUUCCUUCUAUCAUUUUUUCAAUUUCUCAACGGUGGAAUUUGGACUUUGUAUGCUAUUCUUGUUCAAGAUUAUUUCCUCAUGGUACCAAAUGGAACUGGAUUGGGACUUGGAAUGGCCCAGCUGGUACUGUAUGCAAUGUACAGAAAUGCAAAGCCAUGUAUGAAUGUAAAUGAUGUAUCAAAUUCAGAUGUACUUUUGGAAAAUGGCUCCCAAACACAAAGCCUCAUCACAUGAUCGAUCCUCCGCCCACUAAUAAUGCAUCUAUAUAUUUAUAUAGUAAUGAGUAAUGAGAAAGAUCCAUUGAUUCACUUGUGUUGAACUAAAUGGUAGAUGAAACUAGGGAAAAUUAUGAUUUGGAGGAUAAAUUAAACUGAUUGCAUAUAAUUUGUUUUCCUUAUUUAAUGUAUAUAAGGGCUACAGCCCCAAUCUUUAUCA